AUUAGAGGAUAGCUAUUCCAAAUGAAUGAAAUUAAGAUAAGAGUACGAAUAUUCAUAUACUUAUCCCUUAGGCUUCUGUUCCCAAAUUAUUGUAACGAUGUAUAAUAAUGUGAGUGUCGACUUAGUGUGAACACAUUACAACAUGUCCAGAUUCCAUAUUCUCCUGUUUUUUUUGUGUGCUGCUGCUGCCAGAGAUACCGAAUAUGAGAGACCAGUAGAAGAAACGGUCAGACGUGAAGGAUAUCCACUAGAAAUCCACAACGUCACCACUGAAGACGGCUACAUUCUGACCCUCCAUCGUAUACCACAUGGCAAAACCAACACUACUACUAGUGGAAAAGUGGUUCUGCUAGUACACGCCCUGUUGUGUUCUUCGUCAUUCUGGCUACUAUUCCCUGGGAAAUCUCUCGGGUACAUCUUGGCCGAUGCUGGUUACGAUGUAUGGUUGAUCAACACCAGAGGAAACUCUUAUUCCAGGCGACACACUAGCCUGAACCCCGACAAGGAUGAGGCUUUCUGGGACUUCAGUUGGCACGAAGUAGGCGUUUAUGAUCUGCCAGCGACCAUUGAUCACAUGCUCGAGAAGACCAACGUGAGUUCUGUAUACUUUUGCGGUCACUCGCAAGGUACUACUGCUUUCUAUGUGUUGACAUCGAUCAGACCCGAGUACAACUCUAAGGUCAGGGUGCAAGUUAGUUUGGGGCCUACUGCCUUCUUGAGCAACUCCAUCAGUCCCGUAGUGCGAAUUGCUUCCCUCUUAGGCCACACUGGAUUCUACUCAAGGCUGCUUCUGUUGGAUUCAGGAUUGGGAGAGUUUUUAUCGAGAUACUCCUGGGUGAGUGUUCUGGGCAAAGCGGUUUGUCGAGGUACUCUAAUGGAAAUUGUAUGCGAGACUGUGAUAUUCGUUCUCAUCGGUUUCAAUGAUUUCGAAAUUAGCCCAUCAAGCAUGCCUGUCAUCAUUGGUCAGGCUCCAGCUGGAGCCUCUACCAGGCAAGAGACGCAUUAUGUCCAAUUAGCUAGAUCGGGUAAUUUCAGGCAGUACGAUUAUGGUGCUGACAGGAAUCUGCAGGUGUACGAUAGGAUCACUCCUCCGGAUUACAACCUGAGCAUGAUCACUGUGCCAGGAUAUUCGGUACAUGGAUCAAAUGACUGGAUAGCUGACGUGAAAGAUGUUGAGAAGCUUCACAGCCUUCUGGGAAAUCCCAAAGAGAGAUAUUUAGUCAGUGAUCCUCCUUAUAACCAUUUGGAUUAUUUGUGUGGAAGGAGUGCUGCGAGGAUUAUCAAUACGAAGAUUUUGGAAUAUUUUGAAGAGUACUGAUGAGGAAGAUGAAGAUGCGAGAAACUCAAUUUGUGAAGUGUACUUAUAUUUACCAAAGUAAAGGCGUAGUUCAGUCACAGUGGGUGAUAUUUCUGACAACAAAACAUGUUUAUCUACUCACUGGAUCGAAAGUAGGCGUUUGUUCCCUCAUUUGAGGAAAAAAAGUUAUCAAUCAACUCCAAUGGGAGGAGAAAAAUAUUAAUUCCCGUGUGAG